AUGAGCCGGGGCGGAGGCUUGCAUAAUCUUUCAGCUACGACCUUGAGAGACGAGAUCGCGGCGCUCGUGCCGUCCGCGGCCCAGUGGGAGUCUGCUCGGAAGGCCCUUCGCUCUUGGCAAAUGGAGACCGACGAUAACAAGUGCAAGCUGCUGUUGGUGCUCCGCAAUCACAAGGAGCGGGUGUACGCCGCGGACAUCCGCAGGGCGCAGGCGAAGGUCGUCGAGGUUCAGGAAGAUUAUCUCCUCCGCAAGGUGUGGCUCGUGAAGAAAUCCAUGAACCCUGAGGUCGGAACGAAGGUUCCGCUGAAAUGGCAGAUCGACCCGCAGUCGGUCGAGAGGUUUCCUGCAGGAGUUGCCAGAGACGAGGUAUGGGUCAUCGAUUCUGGAUACCCCCGUCACGAGCUCGGACCUGGCGUGCUGGAGUUCCACAUGAAGAUCGGCCAGAGGGAGGAGUGGGAACCCACCCCCGCGGCGGCCUUGGAGGACGGGCCCGCGCCAGACCCGCCUGCGGCCAGAGUGCCGCGCCCCUCGGCCGGCGCGGCCCCGGGCCCUUCCGGCGGCGCGGGCGUCGCCUCGACUGCGGCUGCCCCUGGCCCCGCGCUCAAAAAGAAAGUGCUUCGGGACCGCACGUCGGACCCGAAAGAUAAGCUCUCGCUGGAGGAAAUCGCUCAGUCCGCGAAGGCGGAGGCAGACAAGGGCCGGUUCACGUCGGACAACAAAGCGUCCAAUGAGAACUUAUUGUUUUGGUGCGGCGAGUUCUUGGUGUGCCUGAGGGAGUCAAAGGUGGCGGACCCAAUUCCGACGAGCAUCCCAAAGCACUUGAAGUUUUUCAUCGAUUUCGUCGUGGAGGAUUGCCUCCUGGACACGAACAGCUACCCGCACCUCCAUGCUUUCGCGCCUUUCUUGAAGGACUGCGAGGCGGUGUACUCCGAUGCGCUGUCGGCGUACGGGAAGGGCGUCCUCGCGGUCGCCACGGUGCCGCUCGGGGGCAACGCGGGGGUGCAGGUGCCGGGGCUGCUCGGGAGGAAGUCGCAUCGCUUCCACACGUCGCCCUUCAUGAUGGGAUUCCAGAAGGCGAAUAACGAGAAAAUGUACAGCGACCUGGAGAGUGCACACCAGAUGACCGACGCUGAGAGAGUAGCCAAGAUCUCUUCGCUGUUGACUUCUGCGGGCGCCGAUACGAAGUCCGCCAGUGCCUUGGAUGAGAGCAAGAGCACGGCCCUGCAGGUGAUGGCGACCUUGCUUGGGCAGGCGCCCGAUGCCACGAAAUUUACGUACCUCAUCGACGAUCUCUCGCGCUACGACGCGCUGCAGGCCUGGUCCCCGGCGCACGCGCUGUUCGACCUGAAGCAGUUCGCGUUGGUGCAGCCCCGCUGGAAGGACAUGCAGGUGGGCAAGAUUGUGGCCGGCAUCAAGACGCUGUCGAAGAACGAGGAUGUCCUCGCCAAGAUCCCCUCGCCGGUGAUGCGGGGCAUCGCUGGUGACUAUCGGAAGCUGGCGGCGUUUGCCUCCGAGCAAGAGGAUCAGGGGGCCUGGCAAGCGGUUGCGGAGGAUCUCCUGCGCGAGAUCCUGGAGUCGAAGCUCGGCCUGAAGCCCGAGUCCGGUGGGCGCGACCCGCAGUGGCCCGCUCUCUUUGGGGCGGCCCCGGCCGCUGCCCUGAAGGCCCUCUACAAGAUCGUCGGGAUUGCAUCGAAAAAAUUCCAGGAGAGGGGGGGCACCUGCUUGGGCGCGCUGCGGGCGUCGCACAGCAAGGCAGAUGAGAUCGUGAUGAUCACCAUGCGCAAGAAGGAGUGGGACGGCAUGAAGUGCAAAGUGAUUCGGUGCAAUGCGAGCCAGGUGGUGUGCGAGGUCUUGGAGGGGACGACGAAGGUGGAGAAGGGCACGAAGCGUUCUUUCUCGAUCGUCAACGUCAAGAAAACGACGGCGGCUCCGGAGUCGGAGCUUGCAAAGCGUCUGAAAACCGGCGGGGCGCCCGCGUCGGAGGACGAGAAGAACGCGCAGACGCAGGCCAACAUGGAGAAGAUCUUCGGGAAGAAGAAAGGUGACGACGAGGACUGACGCGCGAGCGCGCCUGGGCUCUGAAUGCUGGAUCCCGUGCGCCACGUGAGUCGUCAUAUUUUGUAACGUUUGACGCCGUGGCCCGCGAGCGUGCCAGCGGGCCGAUUCCUCGCCCUCGGACGCGCGUCUGCGCCAGCCGGCCGAUUCCCCGCCCUCGGACGCUGCCGGCCAGCCGAUUCCUCGCCCUCGGACGCCCACGGGCCGUGCGUCUUGCGUUGGACCUCCGCGAAAG